AUGGUGCGCUCCGAUCAAAACACAAUUCCCAGCACCGUGAUCCUAGAGCCACCUGCACAACCCGAGCCACCUGGGCGCAAGGCACCGAGCAAUCCCCGUCCUGCUAAGCGACCAAAGAAAUCGACGGAGUCUGCGCAGACGUCUAGUCGCUCAGCUGCCAAGGCGCCGAAGAAGAAGACGAAGAACCAGCUAAACGAGAAAGCCAUGCAGCGGCGCCGAGAGCUCGCCGCCUUCGAUAAGAAUAAAUGGGAUACAGACACCGACGUAAACGCGGUAGAGCCGCCAUCGACAACGUCAACGCCUCUGCAUGCUGCUUCUGGUGCCGCUUCAGAAGGUAUACCGUUUGAUGAAAUGCUUAUAUUUUGUAUAUUAAGCAGGCCAAACCACCAGCAACACAAACAUGGUGUUGCUACGAACUCUAAUGCCGGCACAGACGCUACAGCCGCUACUGUUGCUGACGCGAAUGCUACAACCGUGGCCGCGAAUGCUGACAUGGAAGCUGGCCCCGGGCUGCAUGAAGAAAGUGCCGGCGAUCUUAGCGACGCCAGCGAGGCAGACGUGACGGCAGAUUCUCAGGACGAAGCCUACGAUCCCGACCAAGACGAUGACGAUGACGUCGGUAAUUCUACCAGCACUGCAAGGGAUGGAGAAACGAAGGAUGCCGACGCGCACGUCGUUUGUGACGAUACCACGCGCUUUGUUCUGCGAGAUCAAAGCGGGACGUCUCCGCUACGCUUUGACUACACUGAUGUCUUGGACCCCAACCUUGUCGAGCCCAGUGGCGACAACGGGCUUGACCCGAACGGAGAGUGCGAUGAAGACUCCGCCGAGGCUUCCAGUGAUGUUAGUGAUGUGGAUAAGUGA